AUGGCCUCCCGAAGACUGGCUCUGAACCUCGGACGCGGCCUCAAGGCCCCUCGCGCUGGUCUUUCGCUACCUCCGCUGCGCCGAGGCCUCGCCACCCCCGUCACCUCGCCGGGCAUCAAGGUCCAGUCCACCACGCUCAAGAACGGUCUUACGGUUGCGUCCCACUACUCGCCAUAUGCCCAGACCUCGACUGUCGGCGUUUGGAUCGACGCCGGUUCCCGCGCCGAGACCGAGGAGACCAACGGCACCGCCCACUUCCUCGAGCACCUUGCCUUCAAGGGCACCAGCAAGCGCACCCAGCACCAGCUCGAGCUGGAGAUCGAGAACCUCGGAGCUCACCUAAACGCAUACACUUCGCGCGAAAACACCGUCUACUUCGCAAAGGCCCUCAACGAGGACGUCCCCCAGUGCGUCGACAUCCUCGCCGACAUCCUGCAGAACUCCAAGCUCGAGGAGUCCGCCAUUGAGCGCGAGCGCGACGUCAUCCUGCGCGAGUCCGAGGAGGUCGAGAAGCAGAUCGAGGAGGUCGUCUUCGACCACCUGCACGCCACCGCCUUCCAGCAGCAGCCGCUCGGCCGCACCAUCCUGGGUCCUCGUCAGAACAUCCAGGACAUCACCCGCACCGAGCUGUCCAAUUACAUCAAGAACAACUACUCGGCCGACCGCAUGGUCCUCGUCGGCGCCGGCGGCUUCGCCCACGAGCAGCUCGUCGAGCUGGCCGAGAAGCACUUCACCAGCCUGCCCGCCACGUCGCCGCCAUCCGGCGCUCUGUUGGAGUUCAAGAAGAAGUCCGACUUUAUCGGCUCCGACGUCCGCGUGCGCGACGACACCAUCCCCACCGCCAACAUCGCCAUCGCCGUCGAGGGUGUCAGCUGGAACGACGACGACUACUUUACCGCCCUCGUUGCCCAGGCUAUUGUCGGCAACUACGACAAGGCUCUCGGCAACGCCCCGCACCAGGGCAGCAAGCUGAGCGGCUUCGUCCACAAGAACGACCUGGCCAACAGCUUCAUGAGCUUCUCCACGAGCUACAGCGACACUGGUCUCUGGGGCAUCUACCUCGUUACCGACAAGCUGACGCGCAUUGACGACCUUGUACACUUUGCCCUGCGCGAGUGGUCGCGGCUGUCGCUGAACGUAUCCCAGGCCGAGGUCGAGCGCGCCAAGGCCCAGCUCAAGGCGUCCAUCCUGCUGUCGCUGGACGGCACCACCGCCGUGGCCGAGGACAUUGGCCGCCAGAUCAUCACCACCGGCACCCGCCAGAGCCCUGCCGAGAUCGAGCGCGUCAUCGACGCGAUAACAGAGAAGGACGUCAUGGACUUUGCCAACCGGAAACUGUGGGACCAGGACAUUGCCAUCAGCGCCGUCGGCAGCAUCGAGGGCCUGUUUGACUAUGCGAGAAUCCGGGGAGACAUGAGCCGGAACUUUUAA